UCAACAUCAAUCAUCAAUUGAUUUAUCAAUCAAAAGAAUGUAUUAACGAUAACCGGUAGUGAUGAGUUUCAUUGAAUUUUUUGUACUGGAUCAGCCAAAUAAUAUUGGCAACAUUCAAUUGGCCAUUGAUGAUGAUCAAUAUAACAAUGACAAUGAUGACAAAAUUACAGUUGAUUGUAAUGAAGAAAUCGUAGAAACUUGCCUGAAAAAUGAUGUUGAUGAUGAUGAUGAUGAUGAUAAAAUUAUUGAAAACAAAAAUUCUACAACAACAUCAACAGCUGAUAGUUAUAAUGGUUUAGCUGGUGUACGUUGUAAUCUGUCACAAUUUUUUGUCCGUUCAAUGCAUGAAAUAAUUAGUCAGAAAUUUAUUAAAAAAGAUUUAAAACAAACAAAAGAAUUUAUUUUUCGACAAAAACAUUUUUCACCAUCACCAUCCAAAUGGUGUAUUGAUCGUGAUGGACAGAUUGAAAAAGUUUCACAAUGGAUACGUUCAAUGCCAAAAGUAUUGCCCAAUGAAAAUGGUAUUGUUAUGGAGAAAAAAGUUAAAUUUCAUGAAAAAAUUACCAUCGAACCAAAAGUAUCGAAAAUUAAAAAAUCUCUUUCACAAAUGGCAAUGUCAACAACAACAAUUAAUGAUGACCAAUAUGUUGAUGAUGGUGAUCCACCAAUACAAUUAGAUGAAACUGUUUAUGAAAUUCUUGAAAAAAUUUUUCAAGCUACAAUUGAAAAUGCUGUUACAACCAUAGUGAAUGAUGGUCAUCAUUCUGAUUGUUCAUCAUCAUCGUCGUCAUCAUCAGAUUCUACAUCAUCGAUAUCGGCACCAACAUCACAAGUGAUUCAGACAACAACAACAAUUGAUGCAAAAAAGCAACCAUUAUCUUCGAUACAAGAAAAUUCUAACAAAUUAAUGAAAAAAAUUAUCAAAGUUUGUAAACAUCCUGGUAAACAUGUGGCAUGUAUUCAGGACAUUAAAAAGAGUCUGACAUUAUUUUCCGAACUUAUUCGUGGCCAUCAUCAUUUUAGCUGUUCAAGCUGUCGUGAACGUAAUAUUAAUUGUCAAUGUUUGGACAUUCAACAACAACAACAACAAUCCGAUGAUGAUUGUGAUGAACAUGGUAACAACGAUAAUGCAACAAAUGGUAGAAAAAUUUUACAAAGAAAAUCAAAAUUUUCCAACAAAUAUCAUCAUGGAUAUUAUCCACAUCAUAAUCAUCAUCAUCAAUAUUAUUAUUACAAUGGCAUGGCUCAAAUGAAUACCUAUCAUCAUCAUCAUCAUCAUCAUCAAUAUUAUUAUUAUCAACAACAACAACAACGGAAUAAUUUUAAAAAUCAUCUAAGACGUACAAAAUCAUAUUUUAGUUUCAAUAUAAAUGAAUUUUCAGUAACCAGUAGCAAUAACAACAACGAUUGUAAUGAAAACCAAAUUGAUUGCAACAAGCAACAAAAUGAUCAUGGUAAAAAACGAAUAUGGCCAUAUAUUUAACUGGAAUUUUAUUCGCAAAAAA